AUGGUCGGCGAAGACCCGGAGCCUUCGGCACUGCGCGUGCGUGUCGUGCAGCUCUCUGGUGAGGAGCUCCCCGAGAUCCAUGCUCAACGAAGCUGGCUGCUGGAGGAGCUCAAGGACCACCUCCACGUGGUGACCGGACUCCCAGCCUUCGAGCAGCGCCUGAUCCAUGGGGCCACCGAGCUCGCGGAUCCGGCGCAGCCAGUGGGCGAUGUUGCGGGCGAAAGCGGCGACCUGGAACUCACGGUGGUCAGGCGCGGGCUUCUCGCACAGGUGCGAAGCAGCCCCAAAACGAUUGACAUCGUCGGCAACGGGGAUCUACAGCACAGCCGCUCCUUUGCCAAGUACAUUCUGCCCAACCAUGGGAUGGCUCUGCAGCACCUCAGCAAAGAGCUGCAAGAGGACGAAGAGUUAGCACUUCUGGCCGUUCGUUCGAACCCCAACGCUGUUUGGUGGUCCUACUGCUCGCCAGGCGCGGAGAUUCCCGUCAGGGUCAUGUUUACGGCGGCCCUGAAAUUGCAGCGCCUGGGCGGGAGCGGCGAAUGUGUUCACUGGCCAACCGUGCGGCCUCCCAGAUUUCGCGCACUCUUGUGCUUCUGGCUUCGCCACUUGAAGCCUGAAAUCUACACCCGCGUGGCAGCCCUGUCGCAAAUGCACACAACGACCUGCCUGCGCGCCGCAGCCUGGAAGAUCGCGCCGCAGGAAUCCCUGUGGAGGGGUUCUGCGGGGGCUAACAACCUCAAAGCGGUGGCUGCACAGAUUCCCUGCCGGUCCCCUCGUGAGAUCUUGUAUGCUCACACGCGCGACCCCGCAGGCAGGCGCCUUGUCGCAGCCACGUUUGAUGCGUAUCUGUUCAUCGCCAAGGUGAAGUAUUGUGGCUGGUUGCUGCGCUUCUGCCCGGAGUUCCAGGGGGACAAGGAGGUUGCCCUCGCCGUGAAGCAGAAUGGUUGGGCCAUCCAGCACGUCGACAGGGAGCUGAAGGAGGCAGACCGUUCCAUCUCCAUGGCAGCCGUGAGGAACUCCUACCACGUCAUGAAGAUGAUCCCGGAACGCUGGCGGCACGACGACGACGUAGUGGUUGCAGGCAUCAAGGAGCUUCUGGCACUUGAGAACUGGCGGGCCUUUGUCCUGGCUCCUCCGGAAAUGAGGAGUCGAAGGCCCAUCCUCCUUGCAGCCGUCCAGAGGAAUUGGCGCCUUCUUUCCUUCGCGCCUCCUGAAUUGCGCGAGGACGAGGAUCUCCAAGCAGCUGCAUUGAGGUGUCCGGGCGCGUCGCCGGGACAGGUGAAGCAAGCGCUUUCCGGCAAGCCGCUUGUGCGCAGAGGUCGAGUGCUGCGGGGCUCUGGCUUCACCCUGCGACUCAAAGGAGCGAGCUCCGGCGAGGGGCUUCCCGGAGGUCCUCGGCGACCGCCCAGACCGUGUUCGGGUGGAUACAACGACGACCUGCCAAAAGGAGGACUUGCCACCUGA